AUGAAGCACUUAGCCGUCCCGCUCCUGCUCUCCUUUGUCGCACUCCCUGCCGAGCUCGUCGGCGCCAUCCGCUUCGACUUGCAGGGCCGCCGCGGUCCCUCAGCGCGCCACCUACACAAAAGAGGGACCAUCGCCGGCAGCACAUCGCUCGAUGACGCAAACAACAUCGCCUACACACUGAACCUGACUCUCGGAGGCUCGCAGUUUGAGGUGCAGAUUGAUACCGGGAGCUCCGAUUUGUAUGUUGCAGGGAAUGUGCCCGGCAGCAAGAAUACGGGAAAGACGACGUCGGUCACGUAUGCGAUAGGAGAGGCCGAAGGGCCAAUCAAGACCGCCACAAUGGAUUUCCUCGGGUUCACAGUGGAGAACCAGGCGUUCCUCGACCUGACUGCGAAUUCCCAGAAUCAGACAGCUGGCUCGGGGCUGAUUGGUCUUGGGCCCCACACUGGCUCGCAGAUCCAGGAAGUGCUGGGAAACGGCUCGGGCGACCCGCCGCUGGACAGGAUCUUUCAGCUCGACAAAAGCACCCCGAACUAUAUUACGGUUCUACUAGGGCGCGCGGACGACCCGAAGGACCCAAUCCAGGGCAACCUGACGAUUGGGGAGGUGUUGCCGGGAUACAGCAACCUCACGUCGCAACCUCAGCUCAACGUCACAGUCCUGCCGAACACGGAGGCGGUAGGGCAGCACUGGCAGACGCUGCUCGACGCCGAUGGCAUCAUUGGUCCUAAUGGCAAAGUGGUGGACGUCACGACGGGGGUGGCAUCCACGUCAAAUGACAAGCAGCUGACUGUUGUGUUCGACACGGGCUAUACGCUUGCACAAGUUCCAAGUGCUGUUGCACAGGCAUUUUACGAGAGCGUGCCUGGUGCAAAACUGGUCAACGUGGAUACGCUUGGAGGGCCAACAUGGGAGAUUCCCUGUGACUACGAGAUUAACAUCACGCUCAAGUUUGGCGGUGUUAGCUUCCCAGUGAAUCCUCUUGACGCAUCCAUGAACCUCAGCGCGGCGGGCGUUAGCGGUUCUACUUGCUACGGAGGCUUCCAACCCAAUGAGAACGCCAAGAGCCCUUUGUAUGAUAUGAUUUUCGGCAUGGCGUUCCUGCGCAACGUCUACAUGCUCAUCAACUUCGGCGACUUUGUCGACAACACGACCAACACCCGCGCGGACCCGUACAUUCAGCUGCUGUCUGUCUCCAACAACUCCGCACAGAUCCACUCCGACUUCGUGUCUUUGCGCGGAGCCAAGUCGUGGAAUCCCGGCAGCGCCAUCAAUACGGCCGAGGGCUGGGCACGCUCGCACCUCAGGAUCGUCAUCGGCGUGAGCAUCGCGCUCGGCGUGCUCGUCAUUACGGGCAUCAUCAUUGCGUGCACGAGGUUCCGCCGGCGUAGGCUGUCGCGCACACCCGCGGGCUUCAUGAAUAUGCAGAGCUCGUACCAGCCGCUGAGCGAGCCCGCGCCGCAGGAGGCGCACGACCUGCACCUCAUGGGCACGUCGCAGCAGCAGUACGCGGGAGGGGGAUAUGCGAAUCCGUGGGACUCGCGGUACUGA